UAACAUAUACUACAAACAAAGCAAAUGCAAUGCAUGUAUUUUAUUACGCAAUUUUCCAAUUUUCUUAUUUAGUACUAGUAUUAUUAAAAGGUUAAUCAGAUUUGAGCCACAUUGACUGUAUACUUAAUUAGUUUAAAUAUUGAUUGGUGUGCAUUACAGAAUGGCCCUUGCUGUGAUUUCCGUUAAUAGCAGUUCAGCUAAUUGUGUUUGAAGCCUCCAAGGUCCAACUGUACAAGUUUAAUAACCCAGACUCAGACUCAAAGGGACGCCGGAUCCCGGAGGUUACUGUUACAGAAGCAACGAUAGAUCCUCUCCUCUCUCUCUUCUCAUCACUACCUAUUGUCACUGUCUAUAUUAUUUAUUUACCUAUCUGAAUUUCUCAACAGAAACCAUCACCGGCAUUUCAUUUUAUACUUCUAGCAGUUAAGAUGACUGGCAUAACCGGAGCACGUUCCUGAGUAAUGGGAGAGUUACCGAAUGCGCUGGGAGGCGUGCGAUCAACCUCAGCUCACCUUGAUCUAAUUAACCCUGCAGUUUGCAAGCCACAGGCACGAGAUCAUGAUGACUUCAUGCUCCGGGCUCUCACUGCUGUGUUUGGCAUAGAUCAAACCGAUGGCAGAACAAACAAGAAGGCGCGUCAAGUGGUGCAGAAGCUUGGCUUGGUUGAUCAGCCCGGUGAGGAUGAGCAAGACAGUACUACUAACUUUGACCUGCUUGGUGGUGGUUGGUUGGAGGACAAGGCACCCGUGGAGGAGGUGCUUGGAGUAGGAAGAUUAAUGGAAGAUCGCUGAGAGUGCUGCAAUGCUUGGGGUUGAACAAUGGGUGGGAUAUGGCUUAGAUCGAGAAGAUGUUGAAGGUUGUAGACUUGAAUCUGGAUGGAAAGCUAGAUUAUAGAAGAUGAUCUAAAUUAAUUAAAUCAUAUGUGUUGAGCAAGGGAAAAAGAUUAAUUACUUCUACUC